CACACGCGCUAAGAGACAAUCCUACCGAAGAAGAAGUGGAGGCCAAACUAUGAGGCUUUAGUUUACAACUGCUGAGCAUUUGUCAGCAGCUGCCUUGUGUUUUUUGUGUGUGUGUGUGUGUGUGUGAGUGUUUUCUUCCUUGUUUUCAGUUCGGCUCUGACUCCAGUGGAGUCGCCUUUGCGCACGAGAGUUUUCCGGUGCGCACAAAGUGUCCAUGUGGAUAAGUUUUCUGCCACGUUUUAGAAAAAAGCAAAACAAAAUAGCGGAGUAGCAUCGACCGUUUUAUUUAUUCCCUCGUAUUCUUUGUUGGCGAGGGCGGAUUUUUUUUUAAUUUUUUUUUUUUAGUAGAGAGAAAUAGUUACUUUUGUCAACUUUUCGGGAAGGUACUUUUGCAGACACCAGAAUGCUGCCUCAGCUCCUCUCGCUGGCCUGCGCUCUCUGCUGCUUUGGGGUCACCUCCGUCACGGGAAAUGUGCUAAAAGCCGAGGCUUGGCUGCAGCAGUAUGGAUACCUGCCUCCAGGUGACGUCAGAGCCCAGGCCAUCCGCUCACCGAAGUCCAUCGAAACAGCGAUAUCAGCCAUGCAGAGGUUUUAUGGACUGACUGUCACCGGCUCCAUAGACACCAACACGUUAGAAGCGAUGACGCGGCCGCGGUGUGGAGUCCCGGACAAGUUCGGCCCCGUGGUGAAAACAAACCUGAGGAGGAAGAGAUACGCAAUACAGGGACUGAAGUGGGAGAAGUCAGAAGUGACCUUCAGCAUCGAGAACUACACCCCUAAAGUCGGCGAACGAGCCACGUUUGACGCCAUCCGAAAGGCCUUCAAGGUGUGGGAGAGCGUCAUCCCGCUCACCUUCAGAGAGAUCCCCUUCAGCCAGAUCAAAGGCAAGGUGGACAAGUACGCGGACAUCAUGCUGUCCUUCGCGGAUGGUUUCCACGGUGACAGCACGCCGUUUGACGGCGAGGGUGGCUUCCUGGCUCAUGCUUACUUCCCGGGUAACGGCAUCGGCGGAGACACGCACUUUGACCUCGCCGAACCUUGGACCACUGGGACCGCCGACCAGGGAGGUAAUGAUGUUUUCCUGGUAGCCGUCCAUGAGCUGGGUCAUGCUCUGGGUCUGGAGCACUCCAACGACCCCUCAGCCAUCAUGGCCCCCUUCUAUCAGUGGUUUGACACCGAAAACUUCCAGCUCCCUGAAGAUGACCGCAACGGCAUCCAGGCAAUUUAUGGAACAAAGUCUGGUGCGCCCCCUCCUCCCCGUAACCCGACGAAGCCACCCAAACCUGACAAGCCAGAACAUGGUCCAGACAUCUGUGAGGGACACUAUGACACCAUCGCUAUCCUCAGAGGGGAGAAGUUUGUAUUUAAGGACAAGUGGUUUUGGCGUUUGCGCAACAACAAGGUUUUGCCAGGCUACCCGAUGGCCAUUAGCCACUUCUGGAAGGGCCUGCCUUCAAACAUCAACGCCGCCUACGAGAGACAUGACGGGAAAUUUGUCUUCUUCAAAGGAGACAGGUACUGGGUCUUCAGUGAGUCUACCAUGGACAAGGAUUCUCCAAAGAGCCUUAAAGACUUGGGAACCGGCCUCCCCAAAGACAAGAUCGAUGCCGCUCUCUUCUACACACCGACAGGGCAGACGUACUUCUUCAGAGGCACUCAAUACUACCGUUUCAAUGAGCAGACUCGCAGAGUGGACAACGAGUAUCCCAAGUCCAUCAGCCAGUGGAGCGGAGUCCCGGAUAACGUUAAAGCUGCCAUCAUGAGCGCAGAUGGAUCUUACACUUAUUUCUACAAAGCCAACAAGUACUGGAAGUUCAACAACCAGCACAUGAAGGUGGAGUCCGGCUACCCCAAGUCCGUGCUCCGUGACUGGAUGAGCUGCGAGAGCGAGGAGCCCAAGAGGGGCCGGACGGAGGUGAUCAUCAUCGAGGAAGCGGAGGGCGGGGCCGGCCCGGUGGCUGUGGUGAUCCCUCUGCUCCUGCUGAUCCUGGUUGUGAUCACUCUGGGAGCCCUUUUGUUCUUCAGGAAGUACGGCACGCCUCGACGCCUCCUCUACUGCCAGAGAUCCCUGCUGGACAAGGUGUAGACCAGGCCUCGGGGUGACUGACAGACUGCCGCAGAGGGACAGAAAGAGAAAGGAGGGAGGAUGAGGGAGCGAGGGCCCGAGUGAAGAUGGAAAACGGAGAGAGGGGGGAAGGUGUGAAAGAUCAAGAGGGAGCGAAUGGAAAAAUGUGGAAUAGAAGGUGGACGAUGCAUUAAGUUUGAGUGGUUUGUAAGUGCCACGAAAAAAAAUCCAAAAAAAAAACAAGAAAGGCCCCAGAAACUGAAAUCAGGAAAUGUAUAUUUGUAUGUUAACUAUUUACAUGUACUGUUGUGUGUUCAGAGAUUAAGAACGUACCCGCAGUCCCACAUAGAGAAGGGAAAUAUACAAAGACAUCACCGUCAUCAUCACCAUCAUCAUCAUCAACAGCUUCCCUGCCUCUCCCUUCUCACAUAUCCUUCCCUUUAACUGGACGACUCCAGCUGAACUGCUGUCUGAUUCGCUUCUACUUCCGAAAAACUGCGUUUCUGCCUGACUUUUCCUCAGAACCUCGUCAUCUACGUCGGGAGUUUUUACUCAUUUUUUUUUCCUUUUAAAUCAAGUGCCUUCGGAAAGUGUUUUUCUUUUUUUUUCUUCUUCUAACUAAGAGAAAACGCAUGAAAUGUACAAAACGUGUCCCCUACAAGUGUUGCUUCUAGACACCAUAUAACUUCCAUUUAAGAAACGUGUCUCAUUUUUAAUAUGAAAGGAAGCUUUUGUAGAAAAAAAAAGUAAGGUACUCAGAUGAGCACUGUUUUAGGGUUAGGGUUCAGAGGAUUCUCUCUUUUCUGAUAAAAGUCAAAGAUGGCCGUGCUUCCGUUACGAUCACCAGAUGGGUUUGAAGGAGCUGCGUAACAGCACAUCGUUCUACAUCCUUUAUGCACAGUGUUAGUAUUGAUCGAUGCAGACUUCGCAUAUGCACACGUGAGAUUCGUCAGACAGACUUCACACGAAGCUGCUUGACUUCCCGUCGAUGGUCGGACCUGCAUCCCAUGCACAUUGUUUGUUUUUGUGUUUUUUUUUACUUCAGUGCAAGCAGUCAGAUGGAAAACUAUAUAUUUUCAAAUGUGAUGUUUUAUCUCACACAUGACAGUUCUUACCGAUCCCAUUCCAUCAAUGUUGAGCAGAGAUAUUUGUCCGAUCGUGUCAGUAAGAGGUACAGUUUCCAGCAAUAUGGUGCAAUUUUUUUUUUUAAUAAUUAACGUUUCUACGGAAGUGUGUUGUUAUUAUAAGUAUGAUUAUUGUUAUUAUUGUUCUCUCUGAAAAGUUUUAAUAGCUUUUUUUUUUUUUUGUUCAUUGUCACUCGGAGUCCUGCUGGACAGAGGCAUAACGUGACAAUGAUGGAAUCCCAGUUUACAUUCAGCGUGUGGUGAAUUAGAUCAGAUCAGGGAGUUUUUCUUUGAAUUGUGAAACACACACAAAAAAAAAAAAUGACCCAGAUGUUGGCACAGAAUAACAAGCAAACCUAUUUAUGAACUUUGACACAAAUGGUGCUCACUUUUUUUUUUUUUUUUUUUAACAUCGAUGAAAAUUGAAAGUGAAUUGAGUUAGUUAAUAACAAUGAUAAUGGUAAUGAUAUUUAUAAUGACGAUCUUAUCAAUAAAAUGGAAUAAGAUUUUUA